AUGUCGUCCGUGGAGUCCAUCCAGAGACUAAGCUACAGCACGGAGGCCGACAACGAGACAACCCGGUUUCUGAACCAGAUCCAUGAACAAGCAGCUUGGGGACGCGAGAGGCGCCGCUUGAGAUGGGCUGCGUGGCUAUGGUUCACGACCACUUUGCUCUUCGCCGGGUUCUCGAUCUGGCUCACUGCGAGGCGUCCAUUUACGAGCCAUUUUGGAUCGUUUGAGACGGGAUACGCGACAGACUUUAAAGCAGCAGCCGAGCACAUCGAGCUACACGUCCCGACUUUCGAGGGGACCCCAGCCUUUAUGGACGACGGGACUGAAUACAUACCUGGGCGAAAGGAUGGAACGCAAAGACUGAAAUUCACAGGCACGCCAAGCAGAGAAAUCGACCUAACGAAGAUGCCUGGAUGCGAUGUAGGUCACUUUUUCAUCGUCACCGAGGAUGAGGCUCGAGAGGCAUGGGGUCCGGAAUAUGUGAAAUACUGGGAACCAAGAGCAGGAGGUUACGUUGCCACCACAUAUUCCUUUGUCAUCGAAAUCUGCGUCGAAGACGCUGUCUCGACUAACGUUUUCCUUCCCCCACAAUCAGCGUCGAGGUCAUGCACCUUAUCCACUGUCUGGCAAGACCACAUUCGUAAAGCCUUCCAUCCCGAGGCCUACCACGACCCGAAUCCCGUCCAUGGAAUCAUGCACAGGGACCAUUGCAUCGAGUCGCUGCUGCAGCUGCUGGUAUGCACUGCAGACUUGACACCUAUCCCAUCCAUGUAUCGCCUCGGAUUGGGAACAAAUUACAUCAACACGGACCGUCCACACACCUGCCGCAGCUUCCCCAAAAUUGUAGACUUUGUGAAGAAAAGAUUCAACGGCACUUUACGUGUGGAACCGUACGCUGAGGACGCCUGGAAGAAUCAACCAUAG